CUCCAUGUGUGAUUGGCUGAGGCUGGUGUCAGUCUGUAUCAGGCUCGCCCCUUAGCGCUGUUCCUCUUCUCCCGGAAGAGCAGGAGCUGGGAGGCGGUUAGCAGGAGGACCAUGGCUCUAAGAGCAUGUGGCUUGAUAAUCUACAGGAGGCUACAGGCAGGAUCCCCUUCUUCUAAAGUCGGUGACAACAUUGAAUACCUUCUUCUGCAGACAUCCUAUGGCACACAUCACUGGACCCCGCCAAAAGGCCAUGUGGAUCCAGGUGAAGAUGAUCUACAGACAGCCCUGCGGGAGACACAGGAAGAGGCUGGACUCAAUUCUAGUCAGUUCACCCUCAUUGAAGGGUUUAAGAAGGAACUGCAAUACAUUGUCAGAAGCAAACCCAAAACAGUCAUCUACUGGCUGGCAGAAAUGAACGACUGUAACACGGAGAUCAAGCUCUCAGAUGAGCAUCAGGCUUUUCGUUGGCUGAAGCUGGAAGAGGCCUGCAAAUGUGCUGAGUAUAAGGAGAUGCAGGCAGCAUUCAGAGCUGUGCAUCAGUUUCUUUGUUCCAAAGCAUAAAUGCUUUCAUGGAGGGAAAUGGGGAUUUUCAAAGAAACCUGGGCUGCUCUUUAAACAAGAAUAAAAUGGGGGUUGUGCAGAAAUGUAAAUUUUAUACCAACCUGCUGUAUGGGGUUAAGAUACUCUGAGCUUCUGUGGAGCUUGUGCUUUUACCUCCCCUAGGUUAUCCUAGCUCAUGUAGAGAAGCAUGGUCUGAUCUAAUCAUGAACCAGAGAGCUCUGAGAUCAAAUCCCUGCACUGACUAUCACUCCCCUUGUUGCUUUUGUCAGGUCACUUACGCCCUGAAUUUCAGAAGUGCUGAGCAGCCCAGGUCCUAUUGAAAAUCGAAUCCUUGACCUCUCCUGACACCAGAAGGACGGUAUUGAGAAAGGGAACAUAAGGAGAAUUUUAAUAAUAAAAUACAAUUACAAAAAUUAGGUCCUGAGUUUCGAGCAGAAGAGCAGUAGCCCGAACUGCUGGGCUCUAUUCCCAGCUUCACUGACUCCUUCUGGUAACUUGGGCAAACCAUUUCAUCUUUGCCAACUGUAACAUGAGUUGUAUUUCCUUACCUUGUACGUUUAAAGUUUGCAAAGUUCUUUGAGAGCCUGGGAUGGAAGGUGUUAGAGAUGAACAAAAUUUAACUGAUAAUUUCAAACAUCCUCUGCUAUUUUUGUUGUCUCUUAUUUUGGUCUGUGUCCCACCCGUUGAAGGUCAGCAGUAUAUUAUACACUUGGUCUUGGUGGUAUAAUGAGUCUAUGCCUACAUUGAGCGGAGGACCUUCUGCUCUAGAAAUCUAAGCAAAUCUCCAGUAGCUGUGAUAGUAUCUAUGGGUUGCAGUCCCUAGUGGGCAAUAUGGUCACUUGCCCUUGAGCACGUCUGGCAUUCCAUGCAAUAGCUGCCAGUGCUAUGCACACACAAGCUAGAACAUUAGAGGUGAGAGCUAGAAUUAACUCUUGUCUCUGGGCCUUAUCUCACAAAGUGCUAAGCCACUGAAUACCUUU